GCUGGCGGCGACGUGUUCCUUCGCCCUCAUGGGGGCGUCUGCCCUCCCGUCCCCUUCCGUGCUUCACCGCCCCCAGUUGCACUCUCUUAGCUAAUUAUGCCUCUAUUUCUUUUGAAUUCCAACAAUGACGAACAAAACCCAUUUCUCCGAUUUGGUUGUCACGGUUGGGUAAUGUUGGGUUUGCAUGAAUUCUGGUGAAAUGUGAAGUCGGGGGAGCUUUGGUACCCUGCUUUGGUGAUGAGGUUUGAUGCAGUGCAGUGUAGUUCACUGAUUGAAGUGUUUCGUCGCGCAUUCCAGUUGCGAGCUGGGGUUGCUGUAUGCGAGAGAGAAAGGCCGGACGUGAGGUUUUGGUUUGGGGAUGUGUUGGUGAGCCUUUGAAGAGCUAGAGUUCGAACUUUGAAUUGGUUGCGGUAGCGUGUGGAAGAUGAAUUUCGGAAUGUGGACCCGGAUUGUGAGGGUUUGAAUGAGAGCGAGAGAGAGAGGGUGGUUUCUGGUGAUUUGUGAAGACGUUAGGUGAAGGGUUGAAUUUAGGGUUUUUGAAUGUGCGACGUGGAGGUGGGGACGAAUUGGAAUAUGAGGGGGUGACAUUGGCGGUGACGGCUGGGAGGUGCAAAGAAUGAAAUGACAUAACUGAAGAAUCGAUGUUUGUUAGGGCGGUGCGCAGAGGGGAGGAAGAGUCGUUAAGGUCAGAUUAGGGAAUUCUAUGAGGAGAAGGGUAUGAAGAUUGAUUAUUACAAGGUGCUCGGGGUUGCAAGGGAUGCAACUGCGAAUGAAAUUAAGCAAGCCUUUCGGAAACUUGCGCUUGAAUGCCACCCUGACAGGCAUGCUCAGGAAUCAAUCCAAUCUCAGGAAUCUGCAGGACGGAGGUUCAGGCAGGUCUCCGAGGCGUAUGAUGUGCUGGGUGACAACUUGAAGAGGAUUGCGUACAAUAAGGGUGCAUACAACGUUGGAAAUCAAGGCUCUGGACCUUCUAGGAGAUACGAGGGACCUCCUAGACGCCGCUAUUACAGACGCUCUAAUCAAGGUUAUACUACGUAUGGAAGCGCACAAGCUAGGUCUGCAUACGAUCGGAGUUCAGGACAACGAUGGAGAUAUGAAUCCGAGUAUUCUGCUGCUGAGCAAAAGGAGAAACUUAUCAACACUAUCUUUUUUGGAUUCGCGCUACCGUUGUUCCUGUUUGCAGAUUACAUUGAAGCAGCCUUUUGGCCGAAACCCCGUCCUGGUUGGAACGUGGAUGGGGAGUCUCGUCCAGAGAAGUCAAAUCCCGCGGAGCUCAAGAAAAAAGUGAGGAAAAAGGCAGUGGCAUGCCCCGCGGUGCAGACUAGUCCAGUUACACCAGCUAUCAGGGAUGUUCCUGAUCAAGGAUGUAAAUCGUUGUUGAACAGGAGUGUUGGUUAUACAUAUGUGGUAGGUCGGGGGUUGGGAAAGCUUGAAUCUGCCACCAAUUUGGCACCGAAGCUCCCUGAAACUAUUCCUCACUCAACUGGUCCUCAAAAUUUGCGUUCUUUAUUGAGCAUGGAAAACAGGUUGAGCGAUUUGAGACUUGAUGACAUUCAUAAAUGGCUCAGGCAUAGAACUGGAGUUCCAGGUAGCGGAGGCGGUGCUUAGGUUUGUAUACAAGUUAGUGCGAGUAGGUCAUUGACCUCAGCAGGAAUUUCUACAAUUAUUUUUCUAUCACAUUACUUAAAAUAGCCAUUCAAUCUGAAGUGGUUUCAUCAUAUCACUAUGUACCUAGACCUGGCAAUGACAACAAUCCUGGACAUUUUGUGAGAUUCAGGAGAAUGAAGUGAACUCUUGUAAGGGUUCUUGGUACAGA